AUGUCGUUCAUUUAUCGUCUUCUGUUGUUAAACAUUUUUAUUUUAACUUAUUAUCAACAAAAACAGAAACAUGGUACAACAAGUACGAUUGCUCACAACGUUGACGAUGUGAAGAGACAAGAUACGCAUAAUAUUUAUAACUUGGAUGAAAUUGAUAAAACAGUGAAACGAACGAUAAGCGAUUCAAGUGAUGAUAAAAUUCAGACAGAAACAGAAAAUCUGGAAAAUCAAAUUGAAUAUAUUGAUGAAUCAUAUGAAUUACAAACAACUCGAGAAAACUUUUCUACUAGUUAUGAUGCAUUAUUUGUUGUAAUUGGUGAUAAACUAUCAAGUAGUGUUUAUUUACCAUCAAAUGCUAUUUGGAUUCCUCGUUCUAAUACAACAUUUGAGUUGCCGGCUGAACUAAAACCGGAUACUAAAUUUCAACGAGCAGGCAGAUAUGUUACCAGACAAACGAAAAAAUUAAAAUUACUUUUUGGAAAUAGUCUAACAUUAACGAUGUUCAGUUAUUUACCAGCACGUGCAGCCGAUAGUCUUACUCCAUGUGCUGUAUUUCGUCAACGUUCAUGGCGCAUGUUAACUGUACCAACUGGCACUAAGUCAUUAGACAACUAUUUACCAAUAAGUAUUAAAGAGAUUGGAGAAAAUCAAAUAAAACGAAUGAACAGCGCAGCAAAUUCACUUCGAACGUCCGAAGUAAAAAAGUCCAAACGAAGUCUUUCUACUGAUGGUAAUGUUUCAACAGAAUUGGAAACUACUGUUCAACAUCCUCCAGAGGAGCAUCCAUCGAAAGAUGUUUAUAGCUCGUGUAUGAGAACGAAUAUCGUGUGUCCCGGUUUAUUUCGGCAAGAAUUUCAAGAUUUAUUUGAAUAUAAAGAAACAUCAUGUAAUCUAAAAAUACUUAAACCGAAACGUUUUCCAGGUUUGUAUGAAGAAACUGUUGAAAGUGACUUUUUUCGAAGAAAAGUGAAAAAAUUGUAUAUUGUUAUUGGAACAUCCGAUAAAAAAAACAGGUAA